AUGGAACAUCUAAAGCGUAGUUGGAUGUACAAGAGAUUAGAUGGUCGAGGGGCUCUUAAUUCUAGUUUUAUAGCCGGUGUGAAUGACUUUCUCAAGUUUGCAUGUUCUCAUCCGAAUCGCAUGAGUGGAUUUGUUGAGAACUAUUUUGUUUGGAAAUAUCAAGGAGAAAAAGAAGUGAUCGGUGAUAUGUCUAUUGAUUUACCGAAUGAUACACAAUCUGGAUUGGGAUAUGAUAAUCCAUAUCGCCAAAUGGUUUUGGAUGCAGUUGGAUCAAAUUUUGGUCAGGGUUCGAGCUUGCAAUCUUAUAGUAAUGACGAACCUGAGUCAUCUCAUCAUUGUGAACCUCCAAUGGAGGAAAAUUCUAAUCCUUCAAUGGAGGAGGAACCUAAUCUUGAGUCACAAAGGUUUUAUGAUUUACUUCAAGCCGCUGAUGCAGAAUUGUAUCCUGGUUCUUCCAUCUCUCAACUUGCGCUAGUUUCUAGGAUGCUAAAUAUUAAAAUGGAGAACACUUUAUCACAAAGGGGCUAUAAUCAAGUGCUGCAACUAUUGAAAGAGGCAUUACCUGAAGAUAACCAAGUUCUCGAUAGUUAUUAUCAAACCAAGAAGCUAGUGCGUAGCUUGGGUUUGCCUGUUGAAAAGAUUGAUUGUUGUAACUCAGGAUGUAUGUUGUAUUGGGAAGAUGAUAAAGACCUAACAUCUUGUAAGUUUUGUGGCUAUGAGAGGUUUAAACGUCGUGUUGGUUCUCGUAAGAGAAAAUUGGUCCCUUACAAAAAAAUGUAUUAUUUUCCUCUUAUUCCUAGAUUGCGGAGAUUAUAUGCAUCUCAUGCCACAGCUGCCGACAUGAGAUGGCAUCAAGAGCAUACACAAGAAGAGGGGGUAAUGCGACAUCCAUCAGACUCUGAGGCUUGGAAGCACUUCAAUGAAACUCAUCCCUUUUUUGCUUCUGACCCGAGGAAUGUGAGGUUGGGGUUAUGUACUGAUGGUUUUCAACCAUUUGCUCAAUCUGGAAGAAAAUACUCUUCAUGGCCAGUGAUUGUCACUCCAUAUAAUUUACCCCCGGGGAUGUGUAUGAAGGAGGCUUACAUGUUUUUAACUGUCAUUGUUCCAGGGCCACACAAUCCUAAACAAAAAAUUGAUGUUUAUCUACAACCUCUAAUAAAAGGAAUUGACUUUAUUGUGGGAGACAGGUGUAGAAGCAUUUGA